UAUAAUCCCACUUGAAGUGAAAAACUCCUAAAAAAGUGACAAACAUUUAGAGAGGAAUGGAAUUCUCUAGCAAGGCCUUCAAGGAAGGAAAAUGUCAAGGCCAAAAAGUAGUGCAUGGUGAAAUCAUGCCACUAGUUUUACAACCUCCAGAGCCCAACAAGGGUGACUUGGAAUCCCUUCUCUUGGCUCUCAAGGAAAACAAGGACUGGUUCGAGCAAAUGAUCAUCAACAACAGUGCUGUCCUCCUUAGAGGUUACAACGUUGAGAAAGCUGAGGAUUUCAAUGAAAUCUUAGAAAUCUUUGGCUGGGAAGAAAUUCAUUAUGUGGGGCCAGCACCUCGAACACAUGUUUACAAACGAGUUUUGACAGCCAACGAGGGACCACUCUCUGAGUUCAUUUACUUUCACCAUGAAAUGGUUUUGAUUAAGGAAUGUCCAAAAAAAGUUGUAUUUUUCUGUGAGAUACCACCCCCUGAAGGUGGAGAGACACCCUUUGUUCCCAGCUUCCGAGUAACAGAAAGGAUGCUAGAGGAGUUCCCAGAAGCUGUGGAGAAAAUAGAGGAGAAGGGGCUAAAGUACACAUUCACAACUCUAAGCAAGAAUGAUACAGCAUCCUCCAUGAGAGGUAGAGGCUGGGAAGAUACUUUUGGAACAUCGGAUUGUGCAGAAGCUGAGAGAAGGGCCAAUGCUGCUGGCAUGGACUUGGAGUGGCUACCAAAUGGUGCAGUUCAGGCAACAUUGAGCCCACGACCUCUAACAAAGGUGUUUGAUGGAAGAAAAGGAAGGAGGAUGUGGUUUAACCUCGCAGUUGGCACGCAUGGAAAGGAACACAGCUCAGCCAUGAUGGCAGACGGAACAGAAUUACCGGAACAUGUAGUCAAGAGAUGUGAAGAAAUCAUCGAAGAAGAGAGCAUCCAAUUCAAGUGGGAAAAGGGAGAUGUUCUCUUCUUUGAUAACAUGGCUUUGCUUCAUGGAAGAAGGCCUUCUCUUCCUCCUAGAAGAAUCCUGGUUGCCAUAACCAAGUAGUUUGUUUCGCUUGUGGCUCUAUCAAUAAUUGUGUGCGUUGUGAGGCCUUUUCACACUGCAAAUAUAUAUGUUGUGUGAUAAAUGCUCUCACAUUUGUCCACAUCUGCCUGUUUAGAAUAACUUGGGUUACACAAUUUGUUGUUUCAAAUAAGAAAUUCCGAGUUCUGCCACUAGUUCGUGCUGCAGGAUUUUAAGGGAUUAAACAUCUAGUUAUCACCUCAUUGUUCUUUUGGUAUUUUUUGUUGUUUGUUCAAAAACAAGUGCCCAGCCCAAGAAAAUAAUACUUCGGAAUUCUUUGGUCUUA